UGUAUAAACCACUGUAUUGAGUGGUUAUACUUGGUUAUACUUUUGAAAUGAGUUACCAAUUACUUCACACUAAAGGAACAUUUUUGUUGUAGUUAAAUGAAAUGAUGAACGUUAUUUGAAUACUUUUGCAUGGGACAGUAGCAUUUGGAUCCAUCUCUCACAGCUUUCUCAGAAACUGUGGAUUUGCAAGGCAAAUAUCUCGUUCUUUUUUUUUGCAGUGGGCAACUGUACAAACUCAGACAAUGCGACUGUGUGUGACUUUACAGUGCUGAUGUUCAGAAAAAGCGGAAGGCGUGAAUGGAUCGGACCCCUUGACUGAGACCUUAAUUGAAAUUAAAGGAAAAAUGACACCUAAGCGCUGGAUAGUGUGGAUUUUUUUUGCAAGCCUUCUGUGGAUUUUCCUUGGUGUAGUAGUGGAGGGUGACCCCGGGAGCAGAGUCACCAAAACAAAGCAAUACUUCAAAUGUGUUACACCUUGUAUUGUCGCUGAUGACUUCACCUGCAUUGUCAGAGCAAAGCAGAAAGAAAAUUCAACAAGUCCUGCUCUAUUUGUAUUUCUGAAUAAAACGACAGGGAUGCAACGUGUCUUGCCUGAACUGAGUAGUCGUGGUACUUUUUAUUUUCUGGACCUCAAAAAUUGGCAUACUAAAUGGAACGCAAGCAUGUACUUCCUCCAUGGCAACUGCUCGCAGUCAUUUCACACACUGAAAGGUGGCACGGAUACAUCCAUCCAAUCUAAACCAAUAUCUCACCCACAUUGUGACAACUACAAAACGGAAGAUGCGCCAGUGGGGUCGGCUAAAAAAACAGGACUCUGUCAAGUUAGCUGUUUUAAUCUAAAGACCAUAUGUGCCAAGUCUGAAGGUGAACACUGCGAUCAAUCAGAAAGAAACUCCAAGAAAGACUAUACCGUCAAAGUAACGGCAGAGAAUACUAACUGCUGUGUUAAUGCAGUGAAGCAGCCUGAUCGAAAAAUAUCUCUAGAAACACCAAAUGAAGACACAGGAGAGGAAGGAGAGGACAUCAACGCACAGACAUCUGUUGAGAUGAUGAAUAAUGUGAAAGACUUAGCCUCGUCCCUCAGUGGGUCCUCAGCCGCUUUGUCUGGUGCAGACGGAAUAAAGGGAGUUAUCGUAACAGAAACCGACCGGGACGAUGUAGAAGAAGUCUCCUUUGCUUAUUCCUCUCCAAAUGACAGCAUUAGCAUUGUAAAGUCAGGCCUGGAUACCUACCCGAGGUCCAUCACAGUGUCGAAGGAAGCUUUUGAAAAAGCUUUUACAAAUGCUAAAUACGUGUUUGCAGCUGUUUUACGAUUCCCAAAUUUUACUCGGGAUGAGCUGAACAGCACUAUUUUAGACAAUGAGGUUCUGGCAGUUGAUAUGGGAGUCAACAUCACCAACCUUACGGACAAAAUAAACAUACAUUUCAAGAAUGUGAAAUACGACGGAAUUCCCUCUUGUCGUUCCUGGAAUAGUGAAGGCGUUCGUCCUCACUGGAUCGAUGAUGGAUGCGAGACAGUGAUCAGUGACGGCAGCAUCACAUGCCAGUGUUCACACUUGACAUUCUUCUCUAUUUUAUUGACUCCACUAAAUGAAACCAUCUCCAUUCCGGAUCUGAACAACCUUACCACCAUCACUCAAGUGGGCUGUGGCUUGUCCAUGUUCUUCCUCUGCAUUGCCCUCUUCAUGCACUACCUUUUAAGGAAGACGAAGGCCACGAUUACCACAAAGAUCCUGAUCCACCUGUUGUGGGCCAUGCUCCUGCUGAACUUGACCUUCCUGAUCAACGCCUCUGUGGCCAAUCUGAACCACACUGUGGGCUGUAAGAUCAUGGCGGCCGCCAUGCAUUACUUCAUGUUGGCCACGUUGACGUGGUUCGCCAUGCAGGCCUUCCACCUCUGCCUGCAGAUGUACAGCGGAGGCAAUAUUCUCAUCAAGAGAUAUGUGCUCAAGGUCUCUGUCACCAGUUGGGGAAUACCCAGUUUGAUCGUGAUUGUCCUGCUCAGCGUAGACAAAUACGGGCAACAAGUCAUCCACACUGACGAGGGCGCAAACAACGUGAAGAUGUGCUGGAUCACAGAUGGGGACGUCCAGUACAUCGUCAACAUAGGCUACUACGUGCUGAUCUUCGUCUUCACCUUCUCAACCUUGGUCAUCAUCCUGACGUGGUUCUUUUGCCUCAAGAAAACCAACAGUGAAAGCCCACAAGGGAACAGAAGUGGCAUAAAUAUGAUGACCGUCAUGGGGUUGUGUUGCCUGCUGGGCAUCACAUGGGCUUUUGCUUUGUUCGCCUAUGACGAGCUCCGCAUCCCUUCCUACUACAUUUUCACAGUCCUCAAUUCUUUUCAAGGUUUCUUCCUGUUCAUCUACUACUACACCAACAGCAACGUGAAGGCGACGAACAGCCAAAGUGCUGGUGUGAGCUCAAGCAGCAGCAACACCACUGCCAAUACUCUUGGAAAGGGCCUCAGUUUCUUAGAAAACCCCUACAACAAUCUGCCCGCGAAAAAACCCCAAGCUUCAGAAGAUGGCUGAGGAGUUGACAUCGAAAAGAAUGGUCUGGAAUGUGUACCAAUGUAGGUAAAAAAAAAUAGAAAUAUCGUGCAGCAAGUAUAAAGUAUAAUUAUGUGGCAUUAUUGUAUAACAGUUGCUACAGAAUUUUUUAUUGCAGUCUACUACCAAAACAAACGUUCCGAAAGUAAAUCUGCAACACACAUUUAGAAUCACACUAUAAAGUAAAAUUAAGCAAAUUUUAAUUUUAAUAAAAUAAUUACUUAAAACUUAAUUUUAAGUUUGUUAUUAAAAUAUAUUGACAUAAACCAUAAGUUAACAGUUGUUAAAAUUUGUUUAUGGACCCCAAAGAUAUCUCACCCGAUUCAUCUGUGGGUCCCGACCCAGGGUUUGGGAACUACUAAGAUGAAGUACAUUUUAGGGGAAUACAAAGGUUUUUAUGGGAAAAAAAAAUGAAGAGUUUAUUUACUUAAAGUCAGUCCAACACUAAAAUAAACAUUAAAGAUUACUAUAAUAUACAUUAUAAACUCGUUUUACAUUCAGAGAUUAUUGUACAUUUGUUCACAAUAGGAGAGCCUCAGCUUCCUUUAGAGCUUCCUCCAUUUCAGCCGUGUCCAAGGAGAAGCUCUCCCUCUCCUGCAUCAUAUGUUCUCUCGCCUUAGUGAGGUUUUUCAUCAUCGUCUGGAUUUCCUGCACGCGCGUGAGCAGAAGAGAGCAUUUAAAAAUCAUCCUCUAAAUGCUAAAGUUCACUAUAUAGUGACUUUAUCUCACCUCUAGCCGAGCACGUUGCUGUGACGCAACAUCACCGAACGUCCUUAAUUCUUUCAGCAGGUCUGCGGAGACGCUCUGACACAGAAACGGAAGGUGCGUUGAAUAGAUGAUGAAUAGGUUAUCUUUAACUGGAAGCUUGUGUGUGUUUGUUUAUGUGUAAAAUACAUAUAUAUUGUAGAUUUUUAAUGUGUAUGGGUGGUUUUGUAGAGGGAACAGAUAGUAAGUGCAUGUUACAAUGUAUUCUAUAUUCCAGGUUUUGAUUAAUUCAAAUGUGCUGUCUAAAUUUACAAAUAAAUAAAGUACACGUACCAUA